UGGGGCUCCUUCCACGCUCCUGCACUGCGAGGAGUCCGGGAUCGCCGCGGGAACCGCGGGGUUUUCAUGGGCUGGCGGCAAGCGGGGGCUGCCAGGCAUGAACCGCUUCAAUGGACUCUGCAAGGUGUGCUCGGAGAGGAGGUACAGGCAGAUCACGAUCCCUCGCGGCAGUGAUGGCUUUGGCUUCACGAUCUGCUGUGACUCCCCAGUCCGUGUGCAGGCAGUGGACUCUGGUGGCCCAGCAGAGAAGGCAGGUCUGCAGCAGCUCGACACGGUGCUGCAGCUGAACGAGCAGCCUGUGGAGCACUGGAAAUGUGUGGAGCUGGCACACGAAAUCCGGAACUGUCCCACGGAGAUCAUCCUCCUGGUGUGGAGGCUGGUGCCUCAGGUGAAGCCGGCCCACGAGGGCAUGACCCGCAGGUCCUCCUGCAAAUCCACCUACGACCUUCAGUCCCCUCCCAACAAGCGGGAGAAGAACGGCCCCGCGCAGGUGGAGCAGCGCCGCAGCUGCCACAUCCUCUACGAUGGCAGCGAGGGGCUGGGGCUGCACACCUGGGACAGGUACACCGAGCUGGGCAAGAGGGGCCAGAGCACCCUGCCAGCCCUGUCCCGGGUGCCCUCUGCUGCAGACCAGAACUACAUCAUCCUGGCUCCUCUGAACCCCGGCAGCCAGCUGCUGAGGCCCGUGUACCAGGAGGACGGCACUACUGUGGGGAAUGGCUGUAAAGGGAAAUCCCACACGGGCUCUGGGAGGAAAUCCAGGCUGAUGAAGACAGUGCAGACCAUGAAGAGCUAUGGGAACUACCAGAACUGCACCAUAGUGAGGCCUCACAUCCCCCAUUCCUACGGCACCUACGUGACCCUGGCUCCCAAAGUGCUGGUGUUCCCCAUCUUUGUGCAGCCCCUGGAUCUUUGCAACCCAGCCCGGACUCUGCUGCUGUCAGAGGAGCUGCUCCUUCACGAGAGCAGGAACAGGACUACACAGGUGACUCUCUUUGUCUACUCCGACCUGCUGCUCUUCACCAAGGAGGACGAGCCCGGGCGCUGCAAUGUGCUGAGGAACCCUCUGUACCUGCAGAGUGUCAAGCUCCAGGAGGGUUCAGAAGAUCGCAAGUUCUGCAUCCUUUACCUGGCAGAGAAGUCGGAGUGCUUAUUAAGUUUGGAGGCUUACUCCCAGGAGCAGAAGAAGAGGAUCUGCUGGUGUCUGGCUGAGAACAUCACCAAGCAGCAGCAUCCGGCAGCGGCUCCUACGGAGAGCAAGAUGCUGGAGACGGACGCCGAGAAGCCGGGGCAGAUGCACUCGGAGGAUGGGAAGGCAGCAGAGGGUGAUGCCCCUCCGGCUGCCAAGGCAGCGGCUCCGGCCGAGCCCUGGGACGCUCUGGGGGCCACCCAGGCUCCUCUCCUGGUGCAAAAGCAGCCGGUGGCCACCAGAAAGGGAGAGGAGCAGCCCAGCUCCCUGCCAGCCUUUGUCAUCCCCGAGCUGCGGCUCGACAGCACCUUCAGCCAGAGCGCGGCGGGCACGGCCGGCAGCGCCACGGACGGCGAGGAUGACGAGGAGGAUGAGGAGGAAGAGGAGGAUGAGGAGGAGGAGGAGGAGGAGGAGGACAGCGAGGAGCAGUACCUGGACAGGAAGGAGCUGAAGCGCAGCAGCAUGAUCGAGACGUGCGGGCAGCCCGGCUACACCCUGAGCGUGCAGGGCUCCCUGCGGCGCCGCACCCACAGCGAGGGCAGCCUCCUGCAGGAGGCCAAGGGCCACUGCUUCACCUCGGACAGCAGCCUCCACUGCCCCGACAGCCAGGGCACCGCCGCACACUGGGCACUGCCCUCCCCCAGGACCCUCAAGAAGGAGCUGGUCAAGAACGGCGGCUCCAUCCAUCAGCUCACGCUGCUCUUCUCGGGCCACAGGAAGGUGCGGGAGCCGCGGCUGCUGGGGGAGCUCCUGGGGUGGAGGUGUCCUGGCACAUGGCUCCUGUCGCUUUUAAAGCUCGCUGAGCCCGCCCACUUCCAGCUGCUCCCACGGCUGGAGCGGGGCUGGGAGCGCUGGGGCUGUCCCCGCUGUCCCCGCUGUCCCCGCUGUCCCCGCUGUCCCCCAGCCAUGCCCUUCUUCCGUGACCCAUCCAAGCCGCAGCCGCUGGAGUUCCACGCCGAGAUGCUGCUGGCGGUGCAGAGGCCGCACACGGGCAGCCUGCAGCGCCGGCACACCAUGAAGGAAGCCAAGGACAUGAAGAACCGGCUGGGGAUCUUCCGGCGGCGGAACGAGUCCCCCGGAGCCAACCCCUCCGGCAAGCUGGACAAAGUGCUCAAAUCCCUCAAGCCCACUCCCGAGGAAGCGCUCAAGUGGGGGGACUCCCUGGAGAAGCUGCUGCUGCACAAAUACGGGCUCGCCGCCUUCAGGGCCUUCCUGCGCACCGAGUUCAGCGAGGAGAACCUGGAGUUCUGGCUGGCCUGUGAGGAGUUCAAGAAGAUCAAAUCCCAGUCCAAGAUGGUCUCCAAGGCCAAGAAGAUCUUCGCUGAGUACAUUGCCAUCCAGUCCUGCAAGGAGGUCAACCUGGACUCCUACACACGGGAGCACACCAAGGAGAACCUGCAGAACAUCACCCGCAGCUGCUUCGACCUGGCGCAGAAGAGGAUUUAUGGGCUCAUGGAGAAGGACUCGUACCCCCGCUUCCUCCGCUCCGACCUGUACUUGGACAUAAUCAACCAGAAGAAAGGCAGCUCCCCGCUGUAGGCCCAAGGACGGUCUCGGGGCAGGCUGGGAGCUGUGUGUUUACAUGGAAUUGGGCAGUGGAGGCCUUCCUGGGAGCUGGUGGGAGCUCGUUGUCCCGCUCCGGACGGACACGGGGCAGCUGAAGGAGCUCGGGGCAGAGGGGACCGACAGGCCGAGCAGUCUGGUACUGCUGCAGCACCCCGUCCCACCAUCGCUGGUACGACGCCUUCGGGGUGGCCCCGGCGUGGAUUUAGCCAGGAGGAAGCUCCCACGAGGCUACUGUGAAGCUCCUGUCCCGGCCACGAGCGCUGCUGGAAGGCGGAGAGAGGAGGGGUUCUCGUGCAGGGCUCUGGCAAGGGGACAACAGCACCGACACAAACAUCAGAACAUCAGCCUGGAUUAAACCUCGUGAACUGGAGCAGCCCCGGGAUGCUGCUGUGCUUCCCUGAGCCGCGGGGCCGUCCCGGAGCAGCUCUGGCCGGAGCCCGGCGCUUCCUUGGCUCGUGGUGGGUCCCCCCGGGAGCAGCGAGAGCCGGGUCCUGGCCCUGUGCUGGGGAUGUGCCAAGCACCCCCUCCUGCCCUCCCCCCUGGUUUAUUUAUUGCCCUCCUGUAGCUGGACACGUUGCUGUGCGAUAGGAAACCCCCGUGUCCUCCCCGUUCCCAAGUUACAAGUGCAAUAUUUGUGUGUGUCGCGGCCGAGUUCUCCGGCGGAGCGGAUGCCUUUUUCUUUUUCCAGGUGUGUAGAUUUUUGUAAGGCAGCAGGUUUUGUGUGCCAGACCCAUUCCCUGGCAGCGGGCCGCUGGGGGAGCCUGGUGUAAAUAUCAAUAUAUCCAUGCCCUGACGACGGAGGGGUUGGUGGUGGAGAAAAGCAACUCUGUGCAGCAGCCGCUCUCCUGACUCUGGAUAACAAUGCUGUGUUUGGGAAGCACUGCCUCCCAGUUUACAGUGCAAAGCAUCUCUGCAGCUAGAAAAAAAACCUACAUUGUCAUGGUCAUAGGUAAAUAAAAGGAGAAUAUCAUUUCUUGUA